AUGGGUGUCCCCGAGGAGGAGCCACCGGAAGUCACGCCGGACGGAGCGUUUUCGAGAAAACACAUCCCGGGGCCGUCAGCAGCGAAUCUGGAGACCGUGGCGGAGGCUCGAGGAGUGCCGGAAAGUGGGGUGAUUAAUCCCCACGUCGUGGAUGGGGGAACUGUGAGGCGGAACGAGAAGACCACACGCUCUGUCCGCCGAGGCUGCUCGCCCCAGUCCGGCCCCGGAGCGUCUUUCCCCAUUGCAGACCCGUUUUCUGGCGCGGAGUCUUCGUCCUCUUCUGCACUUGCGAACUCAGAACGGACCCUUGCCUCCCGUGCCACCGCCGCGCCCCCACCCCCGUCGGGGGCGUGCCGGAAGUGCCCCUACGGAACCCUGCGGGGCGACGCUCGCCUCUUCACCGUGGCGACGGCUGGGGGCCCGAGGCGCUUCUGCCGCUGCGCCUGCUUCUGCUCGGAGAACUUGUACGUGGCGCGCUACCGGCUCCACGUGCGCUUCCGGGGCGAGGAGCAGCUUCGCCGGGACUAUGGCCCGAUCCUGCGCAGCCGAGGAUGUGUCAGCCCCCAAGACUUCCAGCAGCUAUUAGCAGAGCUCGAGGAGGAGGUGGAACGGCGGCAGCGGCUGGGGCAGGAGGCGGCCGCCAGGAAAGCCCUCAUCGCACGCUCCUACCACCCGGUGCGGCCUCACAUCUACAACACGCUGCAGGAUGAGGCCCUGGCCCCUGAGUUUUUGGCCGCAGCCGAGUACAGCACAUCGCCGGGUGCAGACCUUGAAGGCCUUCUCCAGCGGCUGGAGACAGUGUCUGGGGAGAAGCGUAUCUACCGGCUGCCGGUCUUUACAGCGCCAUUCUGCCAGGCCCUGCUGGAGGAGCUGGAGCACUUCGAGCACUCGGACAUGCCCAAGGGAAGACCCAACACCAUGAACAACUAUGGGGUGUUGCUGCACGAGCUAGGCCUGGAUGAGCCGCUGGUGACUCCGCUGCGGGAACGCUUCCUGCAGCCACUGAUGGCCCUGCUGUACCCAGACUGCGGUGGGGGCUGGCUCGACAGCCACCGUGCCUUUGUGGUCAAAUAUGCACCGGGCCAGGACCGUGAGCUAGGCUGCCACUAUGAUAAUGCCGAACUCACCCUCAACGUGGCCCUUGGCAAGGCCUUCACGGGGGGCGCCCUGUACUUCGGGGACCUCUUCCAGGCACCUUCAGCCCUGGCCAGGCCCCUGGAGGUGGCACACGUGGUGGGCCGGGGCAUCCUGCACCGGGGUGGCCAGCUGCACGGGGCCCGGCCCCUAGGCACUGGCGAGCGCUGGAACCUUGUCGUCUGGCUCCGGGCCUCUGCUGUGCGCAACCGCCUGUGCCCCAUGUGCUGCCGGAAACCUGAGCUGGUGGACGACGAUGGCUUCGGCGACGGCUUCACUCGUGAGGAGCCCACCACGGUGGAUGCGUGCGCACUGACCUGAGUCUGGUUGGGGCCAGUGUCGGGGUGGCAUGGCAGGGCUCUGCCACCUCGGGUUGGGCAGGGCAAGAAUAAACUCCCUGCAGCCCUCAGGCACUUCUUGGUUCAAAAGGACACACAAGCCUCGGAGUCAUUCUCUCAGCAGACACGUUGGUUUAGGUCAGGUGUGUUAGAACCAGAGCCUGAGACGAGGAUUCCUGUGCAGGUGGUUUGUUGAGGGAAUACCUUCUGGAGAAGGGCGUGAGGGAAGGACAGGACAGGACAGGAAGGAGCUGGGCCAAGAUGUGGUUUCAGAGGACACCUAGCUUCAGCCCAAUCCCACCAAGCGUCCUAGAGCGUGAAUGUAGCAGUUUGCCCCCUGCAUCGGUUAUUGGCUCACAGGUCUGUCAAGGCCGGGCUGGCGGGGUGGGUGGGGAGGUGGUGGUUCCCAGUGGCCCAGGGAACCUUCCAGAGAAGAGUACAGGUAUGAGUUAGGAGACACCACAGCCUGGGUGAGUGCAUCUGUCUGUGAAGGGGGUCUGGGUGAGCCAUCGAUAGCAACUUCUAGUUUGGUGUCGGGCGCUUUCCACAGAGGGGUUAAGAGCAGGGACUCUGGAGCCAGACUGCCUGGGUUCAAAUUCUGAUCCUGCUGCUUCCAGCUGUGUGGCUGCAAGUAAGCCCCUUGGCCUCUUCGUGCUUUACUUUUCCUUAUCUGGGAAGUACCUAUCUCGGAAAGCUGUUGUGAGAGUGAAACGAUUUAAUGUAUAUAAAGUGCUUUAUAACAGCC